AUGAAUCAAAGUCCAUUUAGAUCCCCCUCGAAAAGGGAUAGAAUACUUACAUUAUAUGACUCACCUACUAAAAAUACAAUCUUAUCACCAAUUAAAACUCCGAAUGGAAGAGCUGGUCUACGAUCACCGGAGAAGAGAUCCAAUACUGAAUUGGAUUUAUCUGCAAGAAAAAGAGCCAAUAAAACGAUAUAUAGUCGAUUAAUGGAUGAUGAAUAUGAUGGUCCUGAAGAUAUUUUAGAUGAACAAGAUAGAAUAAUAGCUGAAAGAAUUAUUAAAGGUUCAAGAAAUGAAAAAGAUAUAGAUCAGAAUGAUUUUCGAAAUUAUGGAAGUGAUGUUGAAUUAGAAAUUGAUUUAACCAUUAAAUCAAAAAGAGGAAGAUCAAUAAAACGAAAAGUUGGAUUGAUUGAUGAUGAAGAGUUACUACUGUCAGGAUCAGAUAUAGAUUUGAAAAAUGAUAAUAAAUCAGACGAAGAUUUAGAUUUAUCUGAAGAUGACAUACCUACCAAGAAACGAAAACAAAACAAAGCAAAAGAACCAAAACCAAGGAAAAAGCAAAAUAAAACAAAAGAACCAAUAUACAACACAAAAAGUAAACGACUCAAUGAUGUUGCAACAAAAAUCAAAAGUAUUUUCCAUCAAGAUGAUGAAAUGUUUAAAGAAUUGGCUUCAAAAACACUGGUUAAUAAUGAGCCAGAUACUCCCAAAAAAAAGGAUAAACGAUCAUUAUUAAGUUUGUUAAUAAGUCAACAAUCUACCAAACAAACUCCAUUGAUUUCAGGAUUAAAAAAAGAUACUACAAACCAAGAAACUACCGAAGUGACCUCAUUUAAACCUUUAUCAUUAAAUUAUGCAAAUCAAUUCUUAAAAGAAAUUGAAGAAUCAGAAUCAAAUGGAGCAAUGAAAUUAAUUGAUCAAUCCGUAUUUUCAAUAAAUGGAGCAGAAGGAUAUUUUGAACAAAAUCAUAAAAGAUUUAGAAAUAAUACUACUCCAUUAAUUGCUCCAAAAUUAACUAGAGAUCAAUUUAAUAAAUAUAUUGAAAUGUCAAAUGAUAUUUUAAAAAUUGAAAAAAAUUCGUUACUACAAUUAAAUAAAUAUUUAUAUCAUCAAUGGUGUUUUGAAUUAUCACAAAAUUUUAAAAUUAUUUUAUUUGGAGUUGGUUCAAAAAUCUCGGUGCUCAAUGAUUUUGCUGAAAAUUAUUUUGGAUCUUGGUGGACCAAAAUUUAUAAAAAUCCAAUACCUCCUAUUUUAGUUGUAAAUGGAUAUAAUCCUAAUUUAGAUAUAAGAGCAAUUGUUCUUCAAAUUGCAUCAGUAUUAGUUGGUGAUAAAUAUCCAAAGCAUACGGUUGAAUGUAUUGAGUAUUUAAUUGCUACAAUGAAUGAACGACGAAUGCCAGAAACUGAACCAAAAUUAUUAUUAAUUAUUCAUAAUAUUGAUGGAGUUAAUUUAAGAAGUAAAUUUACACCAUUAUCAAAUUUAAUAAGUAUUCCAGAAAUAUGGUGUUGUGCUUCCAUAGAUCAUAUAAAUUCAUCUUUGCUAACUAAAAAUAGUAAUUUCAUUUAUCAUGAAUCAACAACUUAUAUACCAUAUCAAAAUGAAUUAUUAUUUACAAAUGUUUUAGACAUUGGCAAUAAUAGUAAAAUAAAUACAAAAUCAUCAUCAAUAAUUUUAAAUAAUUUAACAGAAAAUCAUAAUAAAUUAUUUAAAUUAUUAGUUAAAAAUCAAAUUGAAAUUUUAAAAAACCAAAAUGCUACAACAAAAGGUUCACCAACAAAUUCAUUAUUUAUUAAUGAUAUGUAUGAUGAAGCAUUAAAUAAUUUAAUUGUUUCAAAUUUUAAUACUUUUACAACUUUUAUGAAAGAAUUUUCUGAUCAUCAAAUGUUAAUACUGAAUAAAAAUUUGAUUUAUAUACCUUUGAAUUUACUGGAAUUGGAACAAAUAUAUAAUGAAAUAUGA